GGCUACUCUCCGUAUUUGGUGGUAACCACAGUAACAGGAGUACGCCGUCAGUGUCGCAACAUAAACGGACCGGACAGGCAGAUGAUUAAAUAUUAAAGCUAAAGUUAUUUUUAGAUGUUUUUUUUAUCGAACGUUUGGUUUAGAAAACAAUUUAGGUUCACGUUAAGUUUCUGUUAGGGUUAGCUCGUUGUCAUUAGCAAACAAACAGUGCAGAAACACUGGAGCCAUUAAAACCAGGUGAAUUAUCUGUUAUAACUCGUUAGCUAAAGUUACCUAACGAAAAUGUUUACCUUUGCGGCUAAAGUAAGACGCUGAAGGAAGAAAGUUCCUCGACAUUUGCAAAUGGAUUCAGGCAAAGUUGUGCACAGAAGAAAACCAUACAUUCCUGUAAUCAGAGCAAGCGCAUCAGAGAACAACCAGGAGGUCAGUGCUAAAAGUCUUGACCUCAGUAAGGUGAUCCGUCUUCUUGAAGAUCCUUUGACGGCUAACUUGAAGGAGAGGCAUCUUUUUGUCCUGAACAAAAUACUGAAAAGAAGCCAAACUGGCUUUCUGUUAAAGGACCUGACAGGCAUAGCCAAAAUUCUCAACAUUUGUGCUGAAAAAGCAAAGGAUCACCCUGAAUAUGUGCCCAUUAUGUCUGAGGCACUUCAAAUUUGUAGUUUCCCCUUCCUGAAGGAGAAAACAUCUGAUGAGUUGAUCUACGCUCAGGACGUUGUAGAGUUCCUCUCUCACAUGGGGUGUCUGAUGUGGGUGCCAGAUGCUGAAGUGAGACAGCAGAUAGUUGAAUCUGUGAAAUCAUUCUACACCUGUGUGGCUCCUAAACAGCUCCUCGACGGUACAAGCUGCACCGCCAAGCCAGAGCCUCAGACUUUCCCUUCUAACAACAGACUUUCUAGACUUUCAAUAAGGCUCCAGCCGACCUCUCCGGGCUACAGGCUACAGCUGCUGGAGCAGAGUGACCUUGCUCAGACUCUGCUCCUCUCCAUGGCUGCCCUGGAGAACCAGCCAGCUAUCAAGCUGCAGCUCCUGCAGACGCUUCAGAUCCUCUCCAGGUCCUCUGACAUCAACUGUGCUUUAAUCCUGAAUGCACGGGGAGCAGAAACAAUCUGUCUUCACAUGAACGAACCCGAUCCGACCGGUCAGGUCCUGUUCCUCUCCUCUGAAAUCCUCUGGAACCUGCUGGAAAAAGGCAUCAAGGAUGAGGUCACUGCUCAGCUCAACAGCAUGGAGUGUGUUGUAUCUCUGAAAGAAGCAUUUUUUCACCAGCUGAUGAAUGGUUUUCGACACUCUGACCUCCAGCUCAGAAAUGAUCUGCUUGUGAUCACAACGAUGAUCGCUGAAAACGACAACUCUCUGCUUGUUGAGAGUUUAUUUGCCAAACAGCUCAUGGCUUUCAUCACAUUUCCAGAGUUGAAAAAUCACAACCCUCUGGUUCGCAAUUUCAAGCUAAGCUACAACAGUGAAGAUCUGAAAAUGAAGAAGUUGCUGUUGAAUCUGUUGGUUGUAAUGUCAAAGGACUUUGCUGCCCUGCAGCUGUAUAAAGAAGAAUAUGUUAUGCUGGCUCUGCUGACACUCGUGAAGCCACCUGCUACCCUGCCUGAGCGCCCUUCAGCUUCAUGUCACUGGUCCUCCAUACAGCAGGAAGAGCUCCAGCUUCAGGCGCUGGCCACCCUCGCCACCAUCGCUCCCCUCAUGUUGGACAGCUACAUGUCAUGUCAGGGAAAUGCAUGUCUGCUGCUCUUGCUGGACUGGUGCGUCGGGCAAGAUGCUUUCUUUAGCCAGGGUCACAGUUUCCAUGGCACUGGAGGCAGAGGCAGUAAGAAGGCUCAGAUGCGGUACUGUAUCAGAGUACUUCGAUCUGUGAUGUCUGUAGGCGAAGAGACAGUCAACCAGGACAUCUGUGAUCAAGGAGCCAUCAACCAGCUUCUGGGGAUUUUGAUGCAAAUUGAAGAGAGUCCUGAUGAAGAGGAUGUAGUCACUCUGACGAUAAAGUCAGAUAUCCAGCUGAUCCUUUCCGCGCUGUGUGAGACCGACAUGCACAGAAAGGAGCUGUUUGGGUCAGAGGGAGUUGAGAUGGCAGUUCACUUCCUAAAGAAAGGCGCCGACAAGUUCUACAGCGGCCUUGGGCACAACAAACUCAUCCUCUCCACAGUUGACUGCGUCUGGUCCUGUAUUGUGGGCUGCUACACUACAGAAGAUUACUUUUUGGCUAAAGAGGGGGCCUUUCUUCUCCUUAACUUACUCAGUUCGAGCCCCAGAUGUGUGCAUGGCAUCAUCCUUGCCACCCUGCUGGAGUUAUGUGACAACCCAAACACACUGUCUCACAUCCUGAGCUGGACGGGUGAUGGUGGCCAGACGGCUCCCAGGCUCCUGCUGCAGCUGUGGAGGGAGGAGGAGGAGGACCUAGGAGUCAGCCGCAGCCAACACGGAGAGAUUGCAGAUCCCCAGAGGCCCAUCCUCACUCAUCACCAACAGGAGGACACCCAGCUGUCAUUUCCUGCCGACAUACCAAGUGCAGCGGUGCUGGAGAUAUCUGAGAACCUUCGGUCAAAGAUUUACUCCAUCUUCUGCAAACUUGGUUUUCAGGACCUUCCUGGAUUGUCAACAAAAGAUUAUGUGACUUUGAGCAUCGUCAGGAGAUAUCUGGAUUUUAAGGUCGGUGAGGUGUGGGAAGAGAUCACAAGGGAGCUGAGUUUGGAUGGUGUGAGGCCAGCCAGCCCUGAUGAGGAGGCCCUGAGCACCAUCUGUAAGAUCACAGAGGACACUGCGAGGAGAGUCACAGCAGAACAAAACAGCAUCCUGGAGCACCAGGAGAAGGAGGACAUUAGCGAGGAGGAGCUCAUGUACACUGAGAUGAAGUCUCACUGGAAGCAGAGGGAACUCACAUUAAAGUCAUGGGAGAGUUACGUUUCCAAAACUUCAAACUACGAGAUUCUUAAGGAAGUCAAAGCACAGAGGGAGAAACACAUUGAAUCAUCCAGAACCAAACCAAAGCACGAGGAUGCUACAGUCCAUACUGAAGAGCAUUUCAUCGGACAGGUCAUGUUUGCAGAGGGGAGCACAGCUGCUCAGGAGCCUGCAGGGGUGAUGCUGACACUGGUCCGAGAUACAGUCAAAGCUGUAGUUCAGGACAAAAUGGGACCAACCACACAAGACCCAGAAUAUUUCAGCACUGUCAGAGACUGAUGUCAACAAACAUGCUGGUUUAAUACAAGUCCUUUACAUUAUUAUUAUUGCACCUUUAUGUUAUCUAAAACAUUUUGAUGUACACCCAAGACAAAGCUAAUUUUACUGAUCAGAACUUUAUAUUACACUUUACAUGUUUAUCAAUAAUUGUUUUGAUUUCAAGUAGCAGCUCAUUUCCAGAGUGCAGAUGUGGAAGUGACCUUGGCAGACAUGAGCUGACUUUAUCUGCCGUGUAGUCUCUGUGUGUAUGAGGUAUUGUUUCAGCAGGUCUGAUGCAUGUCAAGUCAAAUUUAUUUGUAAGCACAUUUAAAACAACAGGGACUGACCAAAGUGCUGUACAUCAAUCAAUAAUCAAUGACAAAUACAAGACAAACAAACAUCAGAAACAUAAGAAAACAAAUAUUUAUCUAUAUUAAACAUUUCCAAAGUUGGUGCUGGGCAGAUGUGCAAUGGCAAGCUGUUCUGCAGCAUGGUGCCCUUUACUACAAAGGCAUGAUCUCUUAGUAUAGACCUCGGAUGCACAGCACAACUGUUAAAAUUAAUGUAUAUUAAUCAAAAUAGCAUAAACCUAACAUGAAAGCAUUUUCAGGUGGACACUGUAUAGUCAAAUAAUUACUAGCAUCUGUUUUAAAUAUACAACAGAAUAGAAUAGAAUAUGGUUGCAAACUUGUUCACAAUGAGAUUUCACAGCAGCUAUGUGUGUCUCAGACUUCAGCCAUGUGGAAAACUGUUCCGGGAAACGGAUGCUGUUGGACGACUGCACAUCCUGAAUGGAGUGAGUCAUAUGUGAAUGAAACAAUGGAAGUGAUUUCACUGUGAGGGUCUGUGACAGGAGUGAGGCAGUCAACAUGUAUUUUCACAGCAGUGGGUGCAUUUUCAGGAUGUAGGUAGAGCUGUGACUGCCAGUGUCACUCCUACAGCAUGUCUGCAAUAUGAGUUACCUGUGAGAAAAUGCCUUGCUCAAGGGCUUAUUUAAAGUGUAGGCAGGCUAUCAAAAUUGAAAAGUCUGAGCCAUUUGUGAUAAUUAAAAUUAAGCAAAGAUAAAAUAUGAACUAGUAGAAAUGCAUGAAGUUCACUCAUAGUGAAUGACCUUUUAAACAUCUCAUGGCUCAUCUUUUGAUUUUAUGGCCUAUGUCUGGUUCAAUCUCACUGCACUAAUCUGUGUCAUUUUCAAAUGCAGCAGGCAGUUGUUUGUAGUGAAAAAGUUGUUAAAAGCCACUGUGCAUUACCUGCUCAAUACCAGACAGAUACAGUCAGUGACCAGGUGGUGGAGCGUUUAGCAGCUAGAGAGCCAGCUACUUCCCUCAGGGGUUGGUAGAGGCCGACAACAGAGCUAAAACAGAUUACCUACUGGAUGUGGUGGACACAAACAUGACUCCAAAUCUAUGACAGUGUUGCACUGCGUCUGCUGGAUAAAGCGCAAUGGAUGAAUAGUGCCUAGUAAAGAUAAAAUCUCCAAAAAUGUACAUAAAACAGACACUAAUUGUAUAUGUUACAAUAAAACAGAAGACACAAUAAAGGCAACAGGAAUAGUGCUUUUAACAUCAUAGUCCCACUCACAAGUGCAGUUUCAAGUAAAAAGAGCUCAUUUUGCAGCAUGGCCCCUGUGUUAUACUGUAUUAUUAAUAAAU